AUGAUAGUUAUAAGCUUUAAUAACAUUAUGAACGAAGCGGAAGCCUUAAUCUUGGAGUUUGCCGGGAAUGGUAUUGAAAUGCAUCCACGUAAUGAUGCCCCAGCUAGAAUAUUAAAUUAUUAUGAAGAAGUUGUACCAAAUUAUACCGAUUACGAAUUUUAUUCUCACUUUCGGAUGUCACGAGAAUCUGUAGAGUCUACGGCUCACUUGAUAUUUCAAGUAAUUAUCGACAUAGUGACUAAUCUCUUGCCCCAGUUCGUUCGUUGGCCUGAUGCAAAUGGAUGCGAAGUUAUUGAAGCUGGCUUUCUUUCGAAGCCACAGGGGUUUCCCGGAAUUAUUGGAGCAAUUGAUGGAUGUCAUAUUGAAAUUUUGCAACCACCAGGUAACGCUAACGAUUAUUAUAAUCGAAAAGAGAAACAUUCCAUAAUAUUACAAGACAAUGGUCAUCUCACUAGACGUCAAGUCAAUUAUAAUAUCAAACAUGCGUCAUCUCGAUCAAUAAUCGAGCGUGCGUUUGGGUUAUUAAAAGGCAAAUUUCGUAGACUACAAUACUUAAACGUUAAGUCUGUUGAAAUGGCCAUCAAAAUGGUUUCUGCAGCAUGUACUUUGCACAAUUUCAUUUUAAUUCAAGGAGAUGUAAAUGUUGGAAACAAUUUUCCAGGCCAAAAUAUUAAUAAUAAUAAUAUUGAUAACAAUGAUGCAAUGGAAAUUGAUGUAAAUGUAGAAGAGGAAAAUGAAAAUGCCGAUGCGACUGAUUACGUUGUUUAUAGGCCUCCGUCAAAUCGUUCAUUUUUUGUGUCCAAAUUGAAAGAUUUUCUUUUUGAAGAUUUUGGCAUUGUUCAAGAUACAUACUUAGACGAAGAAUUUGAUAAGUUCAGGACUUCAUCGCUUACGUCUGCAGGCAUACUUCAUAAGUGGUCUUCAUAUUACCAAAUUUUUUUGAUAAAGCAUCCGCAGAAAAUAUCAGAUUUUGUUUUUCAAAUUCGGCUGAUAUUUCACGCCACAAAAUAUUUCAUAAAUUAA